GUGGUAAACAGACGUCAGAAGGGAGUCUUCGCCUCGAGUCAAAACAAAACAAAACAAAACAACUCAAAAAGAGACCGAAGGAGUGAAUAUUUGGACAGCCGCGACGACAGGAAGUUUUACAAAAAUCAUCGCGGAUUAAAAUUGGCCACUUGGUGGAAGUUAUCGGGAGCUUUUCAAGGACUUUUUCACGGAUUGUAAACUCUGGAGUACAGCAGGAGCUUAAGCAGCUAGCGUUACGGAGGCUAUCGUGCUGUUUUCAAAGUGCGGCGGGUUGGAGCCGACACACCGCCGAGGACACACAACUUCACCCAACACCCAGGAUUCCUCUUUUUAGUUUUUUCUCCGGUAACUGGUCGCGUGGAUCGACCGAGCUCCGGGCCUCGGUGGAGAGGGUUUAAUAGCCGCUUCUUCGAGCAUCGUGUGCGGCGGCGGCGGCAGGAGAAACAUGGCAGAUGGUGACAUGCGCCUGGCCGCAAUGUGGCGGAUCGUGCAGACCUGAAGCACGGACUAAACUCACAAACAUUUCUCUCAUCUUUUCACUUUUAUUAACUUUAUAAACACCUUUUGUUGUUAUCCAAAUCCCUUCCCUUUUCCCCCGCUCUACUUUUUCCUCCUUUUUCUUGUUUUAGCGGCAGGCGGAGGAGCUGGAGGCUGUAUUUUUAACACUUUUCUACAGUUGCAAACAAACUGUGGUUAGGAAAAUCAGCCUAUAAAGUUUUUACACAUAACUUUGAUUUUACUGGACUGGGUUUUAAGGUUGUUUUGCGUCAUUCAUUUUUUUGAAGUUUGUUUGGAGAUCUUUUUGGCUUGCGGAGAUCACAGACAUCUCGUUGUUUACAAGUGGAGACGGACAGGGGCUCUCCUAAGAAGAUCCUUUGUAAUCCCUGUUUGUAGUCUCAUAGUUUUAAACAAAACAAAUAAAUAAACCCUCCCUGUUUUGAAUGAGACAAUUUAAAUAUAUAUUGAUACAUUUGGUACGAAGUAUUUCUUAGUUUGAAAUUUAUUCAGAAAAUAUAGUUUUUAGAAGCAGUUAUAACUAUAAUUUUCACAACAUUUACCAUUUAAAAAAAUAAAUAUCUAAAUGGUUAAAUUAGAGGAAUGGCAUUAUUUUGUAUCCAUAUACCUUUAACUUUUUGGUAUUCAUUUUCAGGGGAACCAACAGCUCUGUAGAACCAGAUGUUUUGGUGCUCACUGCCACUUUUGUUUUUAUUUCAUUCAAACAAAGGGACUCUCAUCCCGGCCCUCCUUCAUUCUAUAUAAAUCGGAAGGUUUAUGAUAGUUACUAUUAAAGAGAUUAUUUGGGUUCCCUAAUCUCCAAUCUGAGGAUUAACCGAGGCUAUUGGUGUGCCCAGAUUAUUACGUCUCCUCUCCAGGCCCCUCUGUUUACACCCCCGCAGUCUCUGGACCACAUUGUUUUUGUUUUAGGAAGUGUUUUUACAUUUUUUUACUCAUCAUACACUCAAAGUUUAGCUUAACUUUUUAGGGUAGAUGUUAUAAAUCGUGACGUCUUUUUUUGGUUGAGUGUUAAUUCAGAGGACCGCCAUGGAGGAGUCGUCGGUGCCCCCGAUUGACCCAGAUUUUGAGCCGCAAAGUAGGCCCCGCUCCUGCACAUGGCCCCUGCCAAGACCAGACAUCUCGGCUGUCAAACCGGAGGGGGCGGAUGGCUCUGAAUCCGCCGCCGGGACCCCGCCCGGCGACGAGGACAAGCCCGAGCCUCAGCAAAUUACGUCUGAGCCCGAGAAGGCGGCGGAGGCAGCGGCGGAGGCGGAGGGAGGGGCUGCAGCCGGCGUGGGAGGAGCGACGCCCCGCAAAGGAUCCUCACGCCGCAACGCGUGGGGGAACCAGAGCUAUGCGGACCUGAUCAGCCAGGCCAUCGAGAACUCACCUGAGAAGAGGCUGACCCUGGCGCAGAUCUACGAGUGGAUGGUGAAGACAGUGCCUUACUUCAGAGACAAGGGAGACAGCAACAGCUCGGCAGGCUGGAAGAAUUCAAUUCGCCACAAUUUAUCACUCCACAACAAGUUCUUGAGGGUACACAAUGAAUCAACAGGCAAGAGCUCCUGGUGGAUGCUCAACCCAGAGGGAGGGAAGACCGGGAAAGCUCCCCGCCGCCGGGCCGCCUCCAUGGACAACAGCAGCAAACUGCUGAAGAGCCGCAUGAGGGCCAAGCAAACCAAGAAGCAGGCGGGAGCAGCUGGGCUGGGGGGGUCAGGAGGGGGGCUGCAGGGCGAUGGCAGCACAGGCUCCGGGGGCGCAGACAGCCCCAACUCAUCCCAGCAGUUUCCCAAAUGGGGGGUGAACAGCGGCAGUCCCUCGUCCCGCGGCAGCCUGGACGACUCUGACAUGUGGACCACCUUCCGCCCACGCACAAGCUCCAACGCCAGCACCCUGAGCGGACGUCUAUCCCCCAUCGCUACUGGACACGAGGAUGAUGACAACUUGCCGGAGGACAGCUUGCUGGGAAGAUACAGCUCCAGUAGCCUGACCCCCACCCUCACCGAGACCCUCAUGGAAGAGCUGGAUCUGAUCGACGGCCUCACAUUGAUGACCGGGCAGCAGGGUGGUGCCAGUCCCAGCACAGCCCCACCGGCACCUCCCACUCCACUGCCCUCCGCCUCCACCCUGCUGCCCCGUGGCUCCAGCUUCAACUCCUUCCACCAGCUGCAGCAGUCCAGCCUCCCACCGGCCCCCACUCACAGCGGGACCCAAGCCUCUCAGUGUGGCAGCAAAGAACCGUCAUCCUUCAGCAACUCCCUCUUCAACCCCAUGUCCAGCUCCGGCUCUCGUGGGAGCGGCCAUUACUCCAGCCACGUGCCUUCCAGCCUGGAGGCGCUGCUCACCUCUGACUCCCCGCCUCCCAGUGACGUGAUGAUGACCCAGGUGGAUCCCCUGAUGCAGAGUCCUGGAGGCGUGGGCAUGAUGAGUCUGGGCUCAUCCGUGGUGGGCGUGAGGUCCAAACCCAACCAGCUGCUGUUGGGGAAAGGGCUGGAGCCGAACACGGUGGCCCCCAUGGCGCUGCAGAUGCAGCAGCGUCACCUUCACCUCCAGCAGCAGCAGCAGCAGCAGCAGCAGCAGCAGCAGCAGCAGCAGCAGCAGCAGCAGCAGCAGCAGCAGCAACACCAACAACACCAGCACCACUCACAGAUUGGGUUGGGGAUGAUCCUCUCAGGUAUGUCUCAGGACCCGUCGCAGCUCUCCGCCCUCAAAGCCCAGCAGACAGGUCUGCCAGCGGUGGGCUCUCAUCACGGGGUUCCCCUCUCUUCAGCCAACCCCGGCUCCAGCCUGUUGGGGAUGGGUCAGUUCGGAGUUCCGUCCUGCUUCCAGCCCGGGCAGGACAGGCUGCCCACAGACUUGGACAUGGACAUGUUCACCGAAAACCUGGACUGUGACGUGGACUACAUCAUCAACAGUGACCUCAUGGACGGAGACGUCCUCGACUUCAACUUUGACCCCAUACUGCCUGGAGGCCAAGGCUACGCCGGCCCGGCUUCCUCACAGGGCUCCGCUCACAGCUGGGUGCCGAGCUAAGGAACUGAUCUCCAAUCAAAGAAACCUCAAAAUCGUUCAAAACAACCGGUGCAUUCCUCCUCCCUGCUGGCUGAAUUUCAAAACAAGAUGCUUCUCUCGGACUGAAAAGACACAACCUCGCCCAUGUCAUGUGCCAAGACAUGCGAAGGAUAGGGAGGAGCUUCAUGAUACUAUGCACAAUAUUUCUCCCUUUUUUCAAAAAUCAAACGUACAACGAUUUGGCUGCUAGCCGAUUUACUUUUUUUCUUCUAACCAGAACUGAUGUUUUUUAAAAGACGUGUGACUUGGUGUUUAAAGAGUGAAAAGACAAAGAUUAACUCCCCUCUGCUGGGGGUUUAUAUUUCAGUUUUGUUACACCAGAAUAGCUUUAGGGUGGAUACGGUACGGGACUACUUUGGUAUUGAAGACUCAAUAGACUGUUUUUUUUUGUUGAGAAAUGGCCAGUUUUCCAUACUACACGAGCAUGAACUGCCAGUCCAAAUGCUGUUGGAGGAAGGAGUCUCCUCACAGGAUUGUGAUGUGAACAGAUGGAGGAUAGAAGACUGGACGACUGGAGGUAUUACAUGUUUGAUUCGACAUCUCGCACAAUUGUAAACUACAAUUAAUGUGUACGGUUUAUAUUUCUCACUUUGGAGAGAAAUAUGAUUUUUUUUCCUCCAAUGAAAUUGAGUGAUGAACAGUUAAGAGGGUCUGUAUUUGCAGUUUGGCUAUUUUGACUUCAAUCCAGUGUGUUGCGGUAGAUGUCAGUUAGAGGGUGUGUAUUUUUAUCCCUGAUGUGCAGUUAAACUAACAAAAUGAAGAAAUGUGAUUUUUGAAUUUAUACACGGGGCAUUCAAGGGUAAAUUUAUUUGCCAACAAGUGAUUGGUUGGCCAAGUAUUAUAUUCUUUCAGACAGCAGUAUGCCUCCACUUUCAGACGUCUACCUGAUUAUUAUCUCCUCUUCCUUUUCUUUUCAUCGAGCCUGUGCAUUUUCAAAGCACUUAGGUUUCCUGCGAAACAGGGACCCCAAACUAGUAGACAGAUUAGGUUUUAACAUUUCAUCAAAAGAGUUUAAAUCCUGUAAAAAAAGUACGUGUUGCACAUGUACACGAUGAGACGCUAUGCAGAUUUAUGGAGAGAACUAAAUGAAAUCUUGAAGGACAUUUUAAAAAUCACUUCUUGAAGGUUUUGUUAUUUAACAUUUUCCUGAAAUGUUGAGACUUUAAUUAUUCAAGAAAUUCAUUCUCUGUGUGAGAAGUACAAAGAAAAGAAUAUAUUUGAUUAUAGUUUUAAUAUACAAUUUAGAUGAGGUAAUAAAUGAGAUAUUAAUACAUAUGAAUAUAUUACUAAUGACAACUGAUGCUUUUUUACAUUGGAGGAAGCAUUCUCAGAUAAUUUGUAAUGGUCAUUUUCUAUACUUUUAUUUUUGUAAAGAAUGAGAUGCAUGUAGUUUUUUUUACAUAACCAAAGGAACACUAAUAUUUGCAUGGCAUUUAGGGAGCGCUUGGGCCUGACACAGCAUCUCGUGUACAUAAGCUUUGCAAAAAAUGCCUGUAACAUAAGAGUGAGGCAACUUGCAUCAAUACUUGAACAUUUUUAACUUAAAUCCCCGAUGAUCUGCCUCGUUAUAUUCUGCAUUAAUUCUUAAUCCCAAAAAAAAAGGAAAAAAGAUUCCCAUUUUCAACAUGCCGGCAAAUUUUCAUCUCAAAACGAGACUGAUACAACCGUUACCUCUCAGGGUCGCUCAGAGGAAACACAGGAAAACAACUUUAUGAUCAUGUGACCAUAAAGCAAAAACAUAUAUAUAUUUUACACAUUUUCUCUGGACUGGAAAGCUUCACCACGUCUUUGUUUUCCUGGAGGAGUUUCUGUCUUAAAAAGAGUUGACUUUAAAUUUGACUUCCCUUUUUUAUUUAGAGAAAUGUAUUCUAGCUCUCAGCCAUGUGUAUCAGUAAUAUCCUUCCCCUUGGGUUCCUUUUUUUGACUGCCAAUAUUUAAAACACUAUAGCAUGACUUGACUCGGUAGCAAGAUGGACUUUAUUUUGUCAUCUUCCCCUCGUACAUUUUGCGUUUGUAUUGUAUUUAAAUACUUUUGUUCAUAAUUGUGAUCAGAAAUAACAUCCCUGCUGUUUAAACUCUCUGCAUUUCACUGUAGGCAUGUGCUUAUGUAAGCCUCUGAUUUGUACAAAGCACUCUCUUUUUUUAAAAAACUUUUUGAAUGGUGCUAGAUGUCAUUUGUGACGUAUCCUGCAGUACACCAUGAUGCAAUGGGUGCAUAUCAGGGCCUUUUGAAUUAUCUGUACACAGCUCAAGGAUCUCGAUGUGGUGUUAGGUUAGAAGUUAGCACACGAUCAACAGUCCUUCCCCUUCCUCGUUUUUAUGUUUUUAUAUAUAAAUAUGAUAACUCCCUUAUUCAAACUGGUCAUUAAUUAGAUCUGAGACCAGCUUGUUCAAACUGCAUGAUUUCCUUCCAAAUCAUAAAAUGUAAUCAUUUUAGAAAGUUGUUUAUGCAAACCCCCCCAUUGGAAAUGUUAUUAACAUUUAAAGGACAGACUGCAGCAUGUAAAGGAGCGGUGGUUGGUUUGAUGUCUGUAAUUUACUGUUGCCUCAUUUUUUUUUAAAGGGGGGGGGGGGGGGGGGGGGGGCAGGUGUGGUGUUAUUACUCCCGUUGUAUCUCCCCCUCUAUGUAAUAAUGAUCUACAUAUUUUGUUCUUCAGUUUUUUAAGUAGCAGUUAGUCCCUUAAUGUUUGUUUUGAAAUUUAAAAUCGCCCCUAUCUUACUCAGUAUUUUAGUAUUCGGGAAGGGUUUUCCUUUCAUAAGGAGCGGGUGGGGUGGACAGGGAAUGGUGAGUUGUGCAUAAGCCAAUUAUGUUUAUGAUUUUUGAUUACUGUUAAUAGUUCCCCCCCCCCCCCCCUCUCUUUAUCUUUCUUUACACAUAGUAAAGUCAGCCAGAAAUGACAGUCAGAUCUAAAAAGCAGAAAUAAAUUCAAUAAACUGUUUAACCCAC